AUGGCAGGCUUUCGUCCAAGCAAUAUAUUCCUGGGCAAGUACGGCGUCAAAAUUUACAAACUGGCGGCUGCCAAUGGAUACACCUGGAAUUAUAUAAUCUACUUCGGCCAACGAGAUUCAAUGGCUGGCCUUGGGCGUGAUCGAACAGUGGUGAUGCAUUUAUUGGGUGAUCUUGAGGGAUGUUAUCGAACCGUGGUACCUGACAACUUCUUUACCAGCAUUCCUCUGGCAAAGCAUUUGUUAGAACAUGAUACGUAUCUUAUUGGGACACUGAGAAGUAAUCGUACCGGAUCAGGCAGCGAAGUUGCUCAAAAGCGUCUUCGACGUGGUGAAGUUUACGAACUUCAGAAUAAAGAAGGCGUAAAAUUAAUCAUGUGA